CAGUCACUACGAUUGUUCCCGUCCCUGGCGCGCGGCGUCACAUCCGCGAGGGGCGUGGGACGGCCCCUCAACUACAGCGCGCAGACGACGGAGACGCCUCCUCCUGCGAGCCGGCUCCAUCCCCCCUCUCUCUCUCUCUGUCACACAUCACACACACACAACGCUCAUUCUCUCACAUCACACACACACACAACGCUCAUUCUCUCACAUCACACACACAACGCUCCCUCUCUUACAACGCACACAUAACGCUCUCUGUCACAAUACACACACAACGCUCCCUCCCUUCCUUUCUCACACACAACACACACACGACUCUCUCUCACAACACACACACACACAACGCUCCUUCUCUCUCUCCAUCCCACACAACACACACACAACGUUUGCUCGCCGCUUGCUGCUGCUGCUACAACAGAAGCAGGAGGUCAGAGAUGAGCAGGUGGUGACGGGUGGGGGGGAGAUGUAGAAGGAGAUUUUCUGAAGGUGUCGGUACCGUCCCGUCGGAAAGGCGGCUCAACGGAGCUCCGUUUCGCAUCAUCAUCAGCGGCAGCGGCAUCAGUGCCAUCAGCAACAGCAGCAGCAUCAGCAGCAGCAUCAUCGUCUUUGCGAUGUGACCACGACGACCACGACGACGACGAUGCCUCCUCCUCUCGCCCGGCUCUGCGCGGCUGCGGGCUCCCCUCGGGUGCCGCGGGGCUCUGCUCGCUCGGAGCCCCCGAUGGGGGUCUGCUGGCAAGUCCCGGCCCUUUAGCGUGGGGUCACCACCACCACCACCCGCCACAACCAUCGCAGCCACCACCAGCACCAGCAGCAGCAGCAGCAGCGCCAUCUCGUCUCCAGCCCGACCCCGUCGCUGCCCAUGGACGAGGCGGCUCCCCCGGGCGUGAGCUCGCAAGCCCUGAGGGAGCUGGAGGGUCGCCUCGGCCGCCGCAUGCCCGAAAGCCUCGCGCGGUGCCUGCCGCGGGGCGAAGAGCCUCCGACGAGCAGUCGUGCCGCGCCCGGAGAUCGCGGGCCGCCCCGCAGGGACCCCCUCGUGCCCGAGGAGCGGGGACCCCGCAGGGACCCCCUCGGAGCAGGCAAGCCGGGCGCAUCGCCCGGCCGCCUGGAUGAGCUGAUCGCCACCCUGCGAGCAGACAUGACCGGCCUCCGCGUGCUCGACUCGCGGAUCCUGACGCAGCUGCUGGCGGCGAACGAGGGCCUGGAGGCGCUGCGGUGGCUGCUGGAGGACCGCGCGGGCCUGUGCGAGGAGGCCAGCAGCCAGUUCAGCGGCAGCCUCUACAGCCUGCCCGACGAGAGCCAGGAGUCGGGCUCCCCGCGCGACAGCUGGGCUUGCCAGCCGGGCUCCGACCUCGCCGACAACCUGGACCGCAUCUCCGUGGGCAGCCUGCUCGACGCGCUGGCGGACGACAGUUCGUGCGAGCUGAGCUUCGGCUCGGGCGAGCAGGCGCAGUGGCGCGACGCCUUUCAGCAGGGUCAGAGGGCGAGCGCCGUGGACGAGCUGAGCAAGGCGCCGGCGGCUGGGCAGCCGGGAGGAGGCGGAGGUUUCUUGUGCAACGGGGACCUGGUGACGGACGCUCGCCCUGGCGUGGUGCGAAGCGACUCCCUCGCACAGUCCGACGGGGCCGCGUGGCCCAAGGCCAUAGACACCAACUUCAACAUCAGGGACUACCGAGUGCUCGGCCUGAAAUGCAAUGGAAAUGUGCACUCGUGAAAAAAAUAUGAACUGGGCCGUGAAUGUGCCGCAGCGUUGCGGGAUUUUUUUUUCUCUUCUCAUUUCAAUGGGACUGCGCUUGCGUUGGAAGUGGGACCGGUGGUAUUUACACGUUUGACGGCGUGUGUGACCUUCACCCAAAUGCGGAGGACGGGCGGCAGCAGCCCGGUUUAUUCAGCCGCAGCAGCGACUCGUGUUGUUCUCACGUCGGAAUAACCCCCCCCCCCCCCUCCUUGCUGUCGUUACCCCUGCUCAUCGCUCGUGUGCGGCCCCUCGCCUGUCUCGGAUACAUAUUAACGAUGAAAUGCCCUCCCCUCGCUCACCAUCAGCUUUACGUGGGCUGCACCAUCCCCCACUUCCCCUCCCCCCAACCAAGAACCUGCAGGUAAAAGACACCCCCCCCCCACCCCCCCUCGUAUGCGUAGCGGUCGCUCCCCGGCACCGGCGGAGCCCAUUGCAGUCCCCCUGCGCUGCUGCCACCGCCUACGCUGCCGUGGUUCCAAAGCAAAGUGCUGCACCCUCUCCACUGUCACCACUCUCUCCACUCUCUCCACUGUCACCACGUUUGGCCGGUACGAGCCCGGCAUGGGAAGGUGACGACCUGCGGGAGGGGCCCCUCGGCCCGAGAAGUCGGCCGGCCACUCUGCCCGCACUCUGCCCGCACGAUGCCCAUCACGAUGCCCGCAUGCCGCCACGCGCACGGGAAAAUUCCUGACCGUUCCUAGCGACGCUUCUGUUUAUCGCCGGCGUGUUGGGUUUUUUUUGUCGUCAGCGAUGCUGCUGCUGCUGCUGUACAUUUAACUUGCCUAACAUUGAAUUAAAAAAUACGAAAUGUUGAGUAAAUAAAUAAAUACAGAAUUAAAAUUAUCCUCAUGAA